AUGCAGCGCUGUGCUCAGUCACACUCACCUCCACUCGUUGAGGGCAAUAAGAGUCUGGAUGUUUGGAUAUCCCAAGGGAAGAUGACUACUAACUCUGGAAGCCAUGAUCAAACAUCUAUCUCAGAGCAUACUGUAGUAGAUUCUGCUGGGAGCCCAGUUGGGUCACUACCAGCAUGCAAACUGAACCUGUCCCAGAAGCUAGAGGCUGAUUGGCAUUUAGUAUUUAAUGAUCAAAUGCAGCAGAGAGGCUUGAAACUUCAACAAGAAACCUUGGAAAGGAUAUCACAUCAAAGGGCCAAAAAGGAGAAACUAAAGAAGACGUCUCCUCCUGAUGAGCUGAGCAGAGAGUGGUUCAGUGAUGAUAAAACAACUGUAGAGACUAGAGCUUACCUGCUUGAUAAACUGAUGCCCACCAUUGUACCUGCAGUAGAGGCUAUGCUGAAACAAGUGGAGGAGAAAAAGGCCAUAGAGGAUAAUUCUGUUAAGUUUGACCCCGUCAAUUUUCUUGGGGAGUAUCUUAUGAGGCACAACCCUGACUUUACUAGUGACUCUGAAGAACAACCCUAUGUCAGGGGCCUAAAGGAAGUUGUUGCAGAUCUUACUAAACAUGUUUUUGACAUCAAAUUUAACAGGCUUGGGCAGCUUAAAGAAGAAAUUAAAAUAAUCCAAGAACAAAGAGAACAGGUGGAGAAUAUCCAGGUUCAGGUGAAGCAAAAGAGGAAAGAAGCCCUGGCCAUACAGUUUCAGGAAUGGACCUUGGAUACAAGUGGAAGAAUCCCUCUGACACUGGUACAAAGUGCCUUAAAGUCAUUUGUAGAUGAUGCAAAAGAAUAUGCAAUGGACAAUAAAUCAGUGUAUGACAAGGAACUGGAGACAGUUGACACAACGGAGAAGAAAUUAAGCAGUGAAGAGUUUGUGGAGUAUGUUUAUACUUACAUUCAGCACUUCAGCACAGACCUCUUCCAGGAAUUCCUGCAUCACCUUGCGCAGUGCGCAGACAUGUUUCGUGAAACUAUCACACAUGACAUCUGGAGACAGAUGUUUUCUGAUGUCUUCCUUGCAUGUGAUCAUGGAAAGGUAGGAUUCCUUGACAGACAGAGAGUUCUGGCUUUGAUGGAAACGUUCUAUGACAACAUGGACUUAGAAUCUGAGGAAUGUCAUCUACGGAACCCUAGGCAAUGGCCAAUGAUUGAGCUGGAUGAAAUGGAUCCUACAGCCUUCUGGGCUAAUUUCCAGGAAGGAAUAAAGCCUGUGGAGAAAGAAUCAACUACAGAUGGAAGUGAACCAAUCUCUACAUACAGUGUAGCAGCACAGGAAAAAGAAAACAAGAUAGAAAGUAACGUAACAGUUGAAGGUUCAACCCAUACAAAGGAAGAGGCCUCUUCUACAGAUGAUAGUGGUAAACAAGAGAAAAACUACUUUCCGGACAAGCCCUGGUCAGGUGACCUUCUCACCACUGACCUGGCUCUCAGGUAUAGCUCCUAUGGGGAUAGAAGCGAGUAUGAGUGCACAGAGGCAGCCUCUAAAUUCUCAGAACUAGGUCCUAUCAUCACAGAUAUUAAUUGUCGAGGUCCCUCACGCAUCCCAAGUGCAUUCAAUGACAGAGCCCUAUCCUUGCCUCAGUUUGUACAACUAAUAGAGACUUUCCUUGGGGAGAGAACACCAUUCCCAGUUGUGAAGGAGCUCACAGCCUUCAUGCAAAAGGAAUACUCUGAGACAGAAGAGGAGAGAACAUCAAUGUUGGCUAAAGUCCGCCAUGAUGCUAUAGCUGCUCACCAGAAGCUGGUGCUCCAGGCUCUCUUUGAGAAGUGGGAUAAUGAAUGUACUGGUUUCCUCAAUUUUGAAGAGGUGGAGGCUGUUUUGUCCAAAUACAAAGAGGGAAUGGAAUCAGAGGUCAUAGCCAAAGGAAGGGAAAAAUUAAGCUCAUCCCAGUCCCAAAGGUUGUCUCAGAGGCUCCCAGCCCCUGAAUUCGGCAAGUUCAUCUUAGGUGUAGUGAGUGAAAUUCCUGGGCCUGAAAAUGAGGUGUUUGAAAACUUAGUAGAAUUCCUAACCUCAAGUGUGGAGCGCUCUCAAGCUGAAAAGCUACGUGGGUCCUCACGAAGAAAAUGGCUACAGGAGAUCAUUGGAGCUGCUAAGACCAGCGGAGGAAGCCUGGAAACUGUAUACAGAGCUGUGUUUCAGGCUCUUUAUAAGGAUGCAGAAGCUCACGGGAACAACAAAAAGAUUAGUGCCAACAUUGGCAUUCUGGAACAAAGUUCAACAAAAAAAGGGUCAGAAGAGGUCUUACGUUACGUGGCCUGCACCAGCAAUGAUGCCAAGUAUGUGUUGAAUAAGACUCUGCAUCGUGACAUGAAGGGAGUGAGCUUUGCUGCAAUAUAUAAUGGGACUCCAAUGCAUGUGCCUCGAGUUCAGUAUCAUGGUAACAUUCACUUCUGGAACCUGGAUCUACCAGUAGAAGAGAGGAAAGGGUCCUUCAUUGUUCUGCCCCUCAUAGAUUCACAGCAGCGAGCCUUUGGUACCCUGGGCAUAGACACCAUGAAAGACCCUAGAGAGAGAAAUAUAUUCCUGACACAUGAGAUCAGCUUUUAUCAGGGGGUAACAAAUGCUUUCAGUAUUGCCUUUCACCAUGUCCAGUUACAAAGGGGCAUUCUGCAGUUGGUAAGCAGUGCCCUUGCCUGGAUCUACAGCCGAGCUCCCAAUAUUCGCACCAUCAACACAUAUUUGAUGGAGCCUAGUGCAGACAAGACACAAGAUUAUGCCUUUCGAAAUAUGAUGCGAACAGAUAACAACAAUGGGAUUUCUGAGAUUUACAGCAAUCCCAACACUCUACACAGAAAGGAUAACAUUUUUAGGGAUUAUCUUUUUAAAUGUGCAGAUAGUUCUGAAGUGGUCACAACAGAUGCCUAUGGAGAACGUCAUUUAGCUGUACCUAUCCGAGACUCAGCAGGAAGGGCAAUAGGAGUGCUGGACCUGAAUACUGGGCAUUGCAGGGAACUACCGGCCCACGAAUACCAGGACUUACAGAAAAUGUUACAGAUGCUGCAGGAAGCAUGCAACGAGAUACUAGAUGAGCAGCAACCUACUGAGAUGCACAAAAAACCUGUCCUAGAGGCAGAGCAAGAGUCAGGAGACAGGAAGCUGGGAUUCCUAUUCUAUCGCUUCAUGCUGCAGGAUCUGCGUCAAUGUGUCAGCAAACUUGAUCACCAGUCGUUUGCAGAGCUGAAGAGUUACAAUGAGCCACCGCAGAUGGUGCACAACAUCCUCAAAGCUGUAUUGCUCUAUUUUUGUCCACAGUGGAAUGAAACAGAAGAGAUUAACAGCUGGAAUCAAUGUAAACUGAAAGUUAAUAGUGAUUUGAUUCGGAAGAUUUUAUCAUUUGACCCCACUGCCCUGUCUGUGCAGGUCCAGCCUGAGAUCCUGGCAAAGUACAUUAAAGGUAUUCCUAGAGGAGCUGUGUGGAAACAUGGAUCAGUUCCAGCUGAGCAUCUAUACAACUGGGCCUUUACUUGUCUGUCUUUGCUUGAGCUUACUCAGAAAAUGCGGGAAACACAACAAAGCUCACUUGCUGCUCUGCCAGUGUUAAAUGAAAACCCAGAAACUAUGGCAACAAUUGUUUCUUCAUUUAUGUUGUCAUUACUACAAUGUUAA